AUGGCCAAAUUACUGGGCAAUGCGAACGGUUGUGACAGCUCAUGUGCAACCCACGGCUGCCAAUUCAACCUCAUGCUGGCCAAGUUCAAGUUUGCCGUUCUUCCCGUCGUCAAGGAGGAAGCAUCCGUUACGCAACACCCCGGAUUUCAGAUUCCGAUCCAGUACCUGAUCAAGGGGUCCGCUGCUCUCAGUCUGUGCGAGAGGCUCCCGUACACGAAAUUCGUCGAGCACCUCAAACUACAGGGAUUCGAUAUCAGAACAAAGCGGAUAUCGAUCGAGCUUCACCUUCCCGGAAUCGGCUCGCAUGAGAUAUUCAAUAAGGAGACUUGGGACGAGAAUAUGAUAUUCCUGCGGAGUCGCGGCACGGAGUUUUGCAGCGUCGAUGAGAUCAUUCGUGUCUACUACUUCAACAUAACGCUCUUCCACCUGGACCUCUGCCUACAGGAGAACCAGGCAUGUCAAACCUGCCUGUCCCGCCUACCUUUAGACGUCCUGCUACGAUAA